AUGUUUGUAUCUUGGCCUCCCACCGAGCAUGGCGAUCGGGAGUUUAAAAAGGCCAAGAAGAUAGCAUCACCCAUGCUGGGUUUCUCGGAUGAAGAUAAGGUCAGAACCAUCCAACCCCACGAUGAUGCUCUGGUCGUCACGCUUAGGAUUGAAGGAUAUGAUGUGAGAAGAGUGCUAGUAGAUCAAGGCAGUGCUGUGGAAGUAAUGUACCCCAACCUAUACAAGGGGCUGAACUUAAAAUCCGAGGACUUAACGGCGUACGAUUCCCCUCUGGUAAGCUUUGAAGGGAAGAUGGUUACUCUAAGGGGCCAGAUCAGACUACCCAUACAAACAGGUUCGGACGUGGUGGAUGUGAACUUUAUCAUAGUUGAUGCUUAUUCACCCUACACGGCCAUCGUAGCCAGGCCUUGGCUUCAUGCCCUAGGGGCUGUCUCUUCUACCCUGUACCAAAAAGUGAAGUACUCAUCGGAGGGCCAAGUCAAGGAGAUUAUAGAGGACCAGACCAUGGCCAGGCAGUACAUGGUGUCCGCCAUUUCACGCCAACACAACGUUGAGCCCUCGGCCUUUACUGAAAGUGGUUUAUAG